AUGAUGGUCAAGACCUCGUUGUUUUUAUUCAUAAUAUCGGGCGGCAGCUGCAGCGCCUUGAGUCUCUGCGCAGGACGGCAAUUUUGCUCCUGGAUGGGGCCGGUACAAAGCGCAUCAGAGCCUAAGGAGGAGGCACAUGUUGCUGCCAUAGAACUACCAAGGCAGCAGGUGCACCUUUCCAGACUCCCCAAUACAGAUAAGGUUAUCCGGGAGAAACCUUCGCAUAGUGAAACAUUCUCUUCGCAUGACACAGACAGGCGCCAAACCGACGUGCUACACGGCUUAGACGAGAAGACUACUCGCCAUGACCGUAUUUGGGCUUCGAGACCGGGGAACCGGGCGAUGUCCAGUUUGGACUGGGCUACUAGAUGGGAGAAAGCAAUAGACUGCCUUUCGUCAAAGGAGCUUGAGAAUGUGGAUAUGUAUGAAAUGGAUGAGCUUGCCCUUGCAGCCUUCUGGGACCGGGUGUGGGGAUGCUAUGUACCAUAUGCAGGUGGACGUGACGAAUGA